GUGGUCCAGCUGAGUAUAUGUAUACAAUUUGACAAGUGUAUUAACAAAUUUAAUGUUGAUCAAUCUUCAAGAUCAAUCAAGAUGAUUGAAGAACACCUCAUUGGAAAGGUGCCACCAUCUAUCCACUACAUACCUGACUUCAUCUCACGAGAAGAGGGAGAAUAUUUGUUGAAAAAUGUUUAUACUGCCCCAAAACCAAAAUGGACACAGCUUUCAAACAGGAGACUUCAAAAUUGGGGGGGGUUACCGCAUCCUAAGGGUAUGGUAGCUGAGGACCUACCAAAGUGGUUACAAACCUGCGCUGAGAAAAUCUCAAGGCUUGGGGUGUUUGAAGACAAAGUUCCCAACCAUGUGCUUGUGAAUGAGUAUGAAGCGGGACAAGGAAUAAUGCCCCAUGUAGAUGGUCCUCUCUACUUCCCAACUGUUUCCACUAUCAGCCUGGGGUCACACACUCUUCUUGACUUCUACAAGCCAAUCCAGGAACACAGUGAGAGUGAAAACAUGAAUGUAAACAGUGAGACUAUUGCCACUGCUUUUGAGGAUCGGUACGUCUCCUCCAUACUGCUACAGCCGCGAAGCCUGAUCCUUGUCAGGGAUGAUAUGUACACAAGAUAUCUCCAUGGAAUUGCAGAAAGAACUGAUGACAUCAUCAAUACUAGUGUAGCUAAUCUGGACAAAUGUGUGGGUGUGAAUGUUGGGGAUAAAAUUACACGAACCACUCGAGUUUCGCUAACUAUUAGAUAUGUUCCAAAGACUAUAAAAGCGAAACUUCUGUUUGGAGUAAAAAGAUAAUUCCUGUUCAGACUUGUUUUUAUUCCCUCUUACAAAAGAGUGCACUGUUGUUUUCAUAAAUUUCAAUAUGUUUUUCUUUUGUAUAUAUAUUUUUUUACACUAUUCUACUAGACGUCUGUAUAUCAAUUAAUAACCAGGAUACUGUUUAUGGUUGUGUUCAUUUUUACUGUGAUCGUACAGUUUUUGGUUCUGUUAAUUUAUACAUUAUAUGCUCUGUCUCUGAUUUACUGAAUAGAUAUGAAAACAGUAA